AUGACCUCUAAUAGCAACGGACAUGUUACUAAUGAGUCUAUUCCCAGCACAACAAAUGGGAUUGAAUCACAUGAAGAAGGUGAUAAAAUUGGAACAGAACUUCGAUCCAAACGGUAUCCCCAGUUACGCCAUGCAAAUUCUGAUGGCUUUUCUAGAGAUCCACGAAGGCGUAGUGCUUCUGUGGCAGAAGUGAAAGAAUUGGCAACGGGACGUCUGCAGGAGGAAUUACGUAAAGCACAAAAAAAUUCUCUCUCAAUUUUUCUUUCCCUCCCUCUCUCACCUCUUUCCCUCCCUCUCUCACCUCUUUCUUUCUCUCUCUCACCUCUUUCUUUCUCUCUCUCACCUCUUUCUUUCUCUCUCUCACCUCUUUCGUUCUCUCUCUCACCUCUUUCGUUCUCUCUCUCACCUCUUUCGUUCUCUCUCUCACCUCUCUCUCUCACCUCUCUUUCACCUCUCUUUCACCUCUCUCUCUCUCCCUCUCUCUCCAUCACCCUCUCUCCCUCUCUCUCCAUCACCCCUCCUCUCUCUCUUUCUCUCCCUCUCUCUCCUCUUUCUCUCCCUCUCUUUCUCUCCCUCUCUCUCCUCCCUCACCUCUCUUCUCUCUCUCCCCUCUCUCUCCCUCCCUCACCUCUCUUUCUCUCCCUCACCUCUCUUUCUCUCCCUCACCUCUCUUUCUCUCCCCCUCUCCCUCUCUUUCUCUCCCUCUCUCUCUCUCUCUCUCCCUCUCUCUCUCUCACCUCUCUCUCUCUCUCCUCUCUCUCUCUCUCUCUCUCUCUCUCUCUCACCUCUCUCUCUCUCUCUCACCUCUCUCUCUCUCUCACCUCUCUUUCUCUCUCUCACCUCUCUUUCUCUCUCUCACCUCUCUCUCUCUCUCACCUCUCUUUCUUUCAAUAUUAA